AUGUCCCCCGCCGUCCAACUCAGUCCUCACAUGAGACCCCUCACGCAACGGUUACGUGGUUUGACCGUCGCAGUCCCCGAAGAGGAAAACAUCAAAUCUGAACCCGAGAGUGAUUCUGUACCGACCAGUCCAGCAUCCAAGGGAAUCUCCGAGGCGGAUUUGAUCGAUGGCGUGCACACCUACCCAGCUUGGGCCCAAAUCCCAGCCUGCGUGGAUGGACCCGAGUUGGAGCCCACGACGCCUACGAUGAGACAUUCUCCCUCUAUUUUGGGUAUGGCUUCCUCUCCGCCUUCGAGUCUAGCUCGGGCGCCCUUGUCGAGUGAGGCUCAGUCUCCUAUGCCUCCCUCUUCCCCACCGGGCAUGAUCUACUCAUCCCCACAGAGCAAGCUCUCUUCGCCCCCUGCGCACGAGGAAGAAGACUCUAAAUCAAACGUUAUCAAGCAAUCUGAAUCAGACACGGAAGAAGAAUCAUUCGAAGAGCGUCGUGCACGUCGACAAGCUGGCAAAUCGGGCCCGUACGAUGCAGGAUCUGUCCGCACCCGGGGUGGAUUCGGGUUCUCGUACGCUGCAGGAUUCCCGCCCCUAGCCCCACCCUUGGACCCCAUGCUCGCCCAGCUCGCCCAGCAAGCCGAGCGUUAUGGAAUGAAGCUUCAGCCCGAGGCGAGCCGAACGGAGCAGGAGGAGGAUGUCGCUCGCUACCAGAUGGGAUUUCGUGCUGGAUCAGGCAUGGGCCCGGCGUCUGGUCUCGGCGUUGGUAUGGGCCUUCAGCAACCGGGUAGCGGCAUGGGCCUUCAACAGCCGGGUAGUAGCAUGGGCCUUCAAUCGGCUGGUUCAGGCAUAGGCCUUCAGCCGUCCACUUCUAAUUGGGCGUCGUUUGAUCUCGGCGUUGGUCCGGUGCCCGAGUUUGCACCGCCUUUGCUCCCUCAGCUUCAGCCUCCUGUACUCCCACAGUCGCUCUCGCAUACACACUCACACUCACACUCACAACCGCUCUCGCUCUCGCAACCACAGCAAAACAUGUCUUAUAUCCCAGACACAUCAAGCCAAGAAUCGGUAGAUUAUACAAUCUAUGCCUCUCCAUCCCCUUAUCCAGACUUGGCCACUGCCGAUCCGGGACUUUAUCACAGUCUAAGCAAUUCGAAUUUGAGCCCCUCGAGGUUAACCAGUUCCAGUCUGAGCCCACCUGGCUUAACCGCCGCGAGCAGCGCCACGUCCGCGUCUAGUCCGUCGGACAGUAUUUACCUGUCCUCCCCACCACCAUCGUCCUUGUCUGCUCACACCAUGUCGAAUUUCGGGUCCCAAGAUCCUCGAGCCGGGUUCGCCUCCCACGAAGCCCGUCUGGGAUUCAACCCCCAAGACACCCUACCUCGCUCGGGAUACAUCUCCCCAGACUCGAUGCGCUCCACGUUCAGCUCGCAGGAUAGCCGGGCCUUCAAGACGCACGAUGCGAUUCCGGACAACAACGACGACUUGUUGCUGUUGACUAUGCUCCCGCCCAGUACGACGAGUGUAAUUUCCAACGCUGGCGGAUCGGGGACGCACAAGUGCCAGAGUUGCGGCAAGACGUUCCGACGUCCGAGCGGGUUGAAGGACCAUAUGAACAUUCAUUCGGGUGAAAAACCGUACUGCUGUCCUCUGGAAACAUGUCGCAAGGGCUUUGCCACGCGCUCCAAUAUGAUACGACACCACAACAAGACUCAUCCGACCCGCGCCAAGAUUGGAGGUGUGGCUGAUAUUGGGUCUGAGCUCGCCGAAGACCAGGUCUCCUCUCCGGCGAUGGAUCUUCCCGAGACUGAGGCCGGGGGCAAUUCGGGCCAAGGGAGGUUCAGAGUCGUCCCGCAGAGCACAAAGGAGUUGGGUGUGGGGCCUAUGCGUGGGACCAAGGAGAGGAGGGCGGUGAGAAAGGCAGGAGCGAUUAAUUAA